GGAGCCUGUUUAAAAUGGGGUCAGUGGUAAAAUUCACAAAUUCAAUAUGGCGGACGGCGGGGAAUUGAAAAUCACAAUUGUUCACGACUCCAAGAAGCACAGUGUCUGUCUACCAUAUUGUGAUGACAAACCCCUUUGUGUGUCUGAUAUUGAACAGGCUGCCCAGCAAGUUACACAGGUCCCCCAGUGCUCACAGAAGCUUAUUUUUAAAGGGAAGUCCUUGACCAAUAGAAACCAGACAUUGGAAUCAUUGGGGAUUAAAAAGGGCUCAAGGAUUAUGGUGUUAGGGAAAAAGUAUGACCCCGAAGCUGAUGAUAACAUGAAGGCCAUUCGGUCAGUCGAGCAACAAGUUGGCGAGUUAAAAUCCAGGCUGGAUCAACUUAAUGCAGAACUGGAUGGGAUCAGUAAGGGAUUUCUGGAGAGUGAUCUUAUUGGACCAGCAGUGACUAAAGUUCACAAGCAGAUUAAAGGACUGACAGAAGCCUUGAUGAAGGAGCUGUUAACCCUGGACUCACUGUCACUGGACUCAUCAUCGCAAGGAAUCAAAGGCAAAAGGAAGACAGUUGUGACAAGGAUACAGACAAUAAUUGAUCAAGCUGAUGCCUCUUCCACGGUAUGCGACAAAUUACUGAAAAAGGAAGAUUUAUGACCAAAUAUGAUAAGGUACAGCACUAUGAACCGUACCCUGUUAAUCAAAAUGACGUUGCCAUGGAAGCUGAUAACAAAACCUCGUUCCCAAGCCUAUUCGUGAUGAAUCAGCAGGAUUGACUGGACACGCGAGAGACGAGGUAUCUUUUACCUCAGCCAAGACGUGACGGUGGUCGGCAGGGAGGGGAGGGUUAUUAUAUCGUUGAGAUGAUAUUAUAUUCCCACCUACCCCUCCCAGAAUGAUUACAGGGCGUGUUGAGGUUUUGUUCUGACAAGCCACACCUGAUAGAAUGGAAAAGGAAGAAAAUUGAGUGGAUAAUGGAUUGAUGAUUAAGGGAAAAAGAAGGGCCUGUAAGAAGUGUAAAAAUGUCUCCAAUUUG